AAAUUCAACGCGUGUUCGAAAAAUAAGGGAAGAAUAGUUGGUGUUGGAUGACGGUGGUGCAAGAGGCUGGUAGCUGCAACUCUACGCGGAAAUUUGUGAGAUUUUCGGUGUAAAGUAAACUUGUUCGCGAGGGAGGAGGACAAAUUCCUCGAUCACGAGACACACGCGCGUGCCCUACAUUUCCCAUCCACGUUGGCGGGGCGAUAGUGGACCAUCAAUCACGAGUUUUAUCGGCCUUUCCAUCCUUCGAGCCUUCACGGGAAACGGAGCCAUCCUUUUUUGCAUUCGACGCGCGAUACAAUCGCGUCUUGAUGGACUAAAAUCCUCCACGGAUAGGCGAAUGUUCGAACCCUCCGCCAGCUUUCUGCGAUAAUAAACGCGCGUAAUCUGAAAUUUUCGCCACGUUUAAAGCAACGGGCGAAAGAGGAAGAGAGAGAGAGAGAGAGAGAGAAAGAAAAGAUUCGAUUUCCGUUGACACGGUAUAUGCAGAAUUUUCGCGCGUGUGUGCCUCGAAGGGAAGGGAAAGUUCGAUCUUUCUUUCCGUAACUUUUAAUCGAACGAAACUCGAUAUGUAAUCUCGUAUCCAUCCAUCCCCUCUUUCUUCCCUCUUUGCGCGUCAUUUCUUUUUCUUUUUUUCCCCUUUUUUCUUUUCACUCUGUUGCGCGGCGUCAAAGCGGAACACGCGAAAGGAAAAGAGAGAAAAGGUGGGCACAAAUAGAGAGACGGGUUGUCGUUUUGUUCGUUUCCUUUAUCGUUUAGUAGCCACUGGGUAAUUGUGUUUUUUAUCUACCUGUCAGUUGCAUAUCUACUGGAAGCAGGAAAUUUAAUACGUAAAUGAAGAAGGGAGCGAGAGAGAGAGAGAGAGAGAGAGAGAAAAGAAGAGAGAAAGAUAAAUAAAUAAAAUGCAUAGUCAAGUUUCUUCGAAUCGUGGGAAUAAAUGCAGGGGGGGAAUAGUUCGUUUUUAUCCGUAAAUUGGCCGACUCGAAGAGAAAUCGAUGGCCCGCUCGGUUCGUUGAAUCAUUGAUCGCCAAUAACUAUAUAACGUUCGAAUAAUUUAUGCCGUCGGUUGGUUUUUGGAAUCGAAUGAAAUAUUUAGAGUCUCAUGAUCGUUGCGGUGUAACGAAAUAGCCGGGGCCCAUUCGGUAAACCGCCGUUACAAACGUUUCCAUAUUUCCACGCUGGCGAUCAUCGGUUCCAUCCGCCUUCCAACCGUUCGUGAGAAUCUUUCACGCAUCGAGCGAAACCCACCCUUUGAAACAUUUCAUUUCCUCCUGUUCUGUCCGAUCAAUCCCAUCCAUCCUGUUCACUGUCACCAACAAUUUAACUCGUCGACGGACGCCGACAAACGUCAAACGUCGAGUGGGCAAUUAAGAUGACGGAAUCGUGAGAAGGAAUCGUUUAUUCGAGAUAUAAAGAAAUCGGUGAAAGAGGAAAGUCGAUCUUUCCGUUCGAUGAGAAUAAGAAAAAAAGGGAAACGAGGAGGAAAGAAAAGCCGAAGAGGAUGAGAUUAUGGAUACUGGAAAGGAACAGUUUGAUCGUCCUCGCGAUCUUCACGUUCACCCUCCUGUCCGUCUAUUUCAACUGGAGGAUCGAUGAUAUCGUGCAUUUCAAACGGAUGAUCGCGGGGGACGCGCGGGUCACAAACACGACCAAGAAGAUCCUGUUCUGGAACACCAUGUUCAACGACGAGACGUUUUACAUGGGCAAAGGGGACAUAUUCGCCGAUUGCCCCGUGAACGACUGUUACGCGACCCACGACAGAAGUUACGCGAAUCUCACGGAAUUUGACGCGGUCCUGUUCCACGGGAACGAGCUGAAACUCGCCGAUCUGCCCAAGCGCAGGAGCCCGCGCCAGUGGUACGUUUUCGUGAAUCUCGAAAGCCCGGCCAAUAGGCCGCUGUCCGACCAUUUUUACGAGGAUUUCUUUAACGCCACGAUGACGUACAGAUUGGACAGCGAUAUUGUGUGGACUUACGGGAUCGUGAAGGACGUCCAUACCGGGCAAACUGUGGCGCCUAGCAGGGACGCGCGUUGGGAAGCGUUCUAUGAUCGACCAGCAGGUGAGCAGCCGCACAGCCGCGAGGAUGCAUCUUCAUUCUCGAAGAUGUUUCGAAGGAAGGUGAAACCUAUAAUCUGGUUCGUGAGCAACUGUGAGGCAAAAAGCGGUCGGCAGGAGUACGUGGACGAGCUGUCGAGGCACAUACCGAUCGACGUUUACGGGAAAUGCGGGACCAUGUAUUGCCCACUUAGCGUAGACUGUUUCAAGCAGGUCGUCGAACCCCACUAUUUUUUCUAUCUGUCGUUCGAGAAUUCGUUCUGCGACGAUUACGUAACCGAGAAGCUGUACAAUGCCCUCAGAUACAACGUGAUCCCAAUCGUGUACGGUGGCGCCAAUUACAGUCUCUUUGCCCCGCCACGAUCUUACAUAGACGUGCUCGACUUCAACUCUCCCAAGGAUUUGGCCGAAUACUUGAAGAAACUGAUCAAGAAUCCGCGAGAGUAUAAUAAAUAUUUCGCUUGGAAGAGGUAUUACAAAAUCGAUGGCGGCAUUCAACACGCUGCUUGCAAUCUUUGCGAGUUUCUCCACAAGAAGAAAGAGCCGCGAACGUACAAUUCAUUGUCUAAUUGGUACAGUCAGCAAAAAUGUCCUCUCCAGGAAUUUUUACGUUAUCACAGUUACCUUACAGGUUUCGUUUUGAAAGACUGACUACUUACUGAUAGUAUACACUUUUAU